AUGGGUAGCAUCGACACCAGCCUGAAAGUCAUCGUCAUUGGCGCCGGCCCCGCCGGCUGCGCGCUCGCUCACGGCCUCAAAAAAGCAGGCAUCUCCUUCAACAUCUACGACAAAGGCGCCGACGUGUACCGCCAUCGUCAAUGGGCCUUCACAUUAGGCUGGGCACGACCCUACCUCUUCGACCUCAUCCCAGAAGAGCUCAGCGCGCAGAUCAACUCAUGUCAAGUCGACCCGUACGUCGAUUGUGCCGCGCUCGGCGAAGAUAGGAUUGUUAUUUAUAAUGGCCAAACGCGCGAAGAGGCUUUCGCAUUUCCGAUACCGAAGGCGCGCGAGAUUAAUAUUAGAAGACUGCGCAUGUUGUUAGCAGAGCAAUUGGAUGUGCAAUACAGCAAGAGCUUCUCGCACUACGAGACAACCCAGGACGGCGGCGUAACCGUCCACUUCGAAGACGGCACAACCGACACCGGCACCAUCCUCAUCGGCCUCGACGGCGCCAUGUCAAAAGUGCGCCGCUGUCUCAUACCCAAAGAAGGCAACAUGGACACCCUCCCCUUCGCCCUAAUGAACUUCAACGCGUCCUACACCGCCGAGCAAGCCCUCUUCAUCAAAGAACACCUCCAUCCACUCGUCGACAUCGCGAUUCAUCCUGGAGGUCACUACAUCCGCGCAAACGUGCUGGAUAUGCCCGAUGAGAAAGACGCGAGUACCUGGACGUUUCAGAUCCUGUCUACGUGGCCGCUGAAAUAUGUUGAGGAUCAUGAUAACGAAGACGGGAGGUUGGAAAGGCUUAAAGCGCAUGUGAAAAGGGAUGGAUGGGCGGAGCCGUAUAAGAGUGCUAUUGAGUGGAUACCAGAGGAUACCCCGGUGUUACGCGAUCAGCUCAAGAUAUGGAAGACCGUCCCCUGGGAUAAUCACAACGGGAGGGUUACGCUAUGUGGCGACGCAGCCCACGCUAUGACGUUCCACCGCGGUCAAGGUGCUAACAAUGCUUUUUACUCUGCGCAUUGUCUUGUUGAAGCAUUGAAGAGCGUGCAGAGUGGGACGGCGAGUUUGAAAGAUGCGGUCACGGCGUAUGACGAGAGUAUUUGGAAGAGAGGCGCGAAUGAGGUUCAGAUAUCGAAGGCACAAACGUUCUUCACGCAUGAUGGGUUGGAUAACUUUAUUAAUAGUCCCGUUAUGCAGUUGGGAACGAAGCCGAGUCAUGCUGCUAAGACGGAAGGGUAUCAGUAG